AGACUGUUUGGUCGGCGAGCGGUCGAAAGGUAAGCCGAAUACCUCACGGUCUAAUAUACAUACCUUCAGAUACUCUGGCACGAAUUCAUGUGUGUUAGUUGCACCUGUGGAACGAAUUUGAGACAUGUUGAAAGUCAAACCAUUCGUUCCUUACAGACCCUGGCCGACGUAUUUACGGCUUGAUACAAGUCAACAGUUCUGCAACGACCUUUCCUAGUCAAAGCGAAUGGUAUUGGAUUGAACAUGUUCUGUUGAUUCUUACGAUGAUAUGGCCGGGAUUGCUGACUGUGACGCAACCACAAUCUUCAACUUCGCCUGCGUGUCGGUACAGUAUCCUGACAACCACGGUCGGUCACUUCCAUCUCGCACGCUUUUAUUGACCCUUCAAGCUCGGUUCCAUCUUUCCUAGCUUGAGCAGUUGCUUGGGUAUCUACUAGCCCACUACAGAGUAUUUUAUGGUCCUUCUUCUCUUGUCAAGCUCAACCUUUCUGUCCAACUCACGGCGCUGCUUCCGAGUCGAGUUCCUUACUGGAUGCACGGAAGCAAUCAUCGUUCCGCUCCAGUGCCGGUGUAACCAUUUCAAGCGAAUGCGAAACACUGGUUCAUCGACCCAAGCACCCGUUCUCGAGCCGUUCUCCCGUCUUCCGUCCCGUUGUGCGGUUCCUACCUGGUUGCCACAUGAUCGUUCGAGCAUAAUUCGCCCAUUACACACCCAUUCCGUUCAUUGACCGCUGGAUCACGACGUAUCAUCCACCUCCACAGCCGUGUCUGGUUACCCCCUUCGACGCCGUACAGACGAGGAUACUCCAACCAUACAACAACACCUACCUCCUAUAUCCGGUUGUUUAAAUGAGCUAGGCGCGUCAUUGAAUCCGCCAACGGUAUCUCCUUCAAGCCGGCUCUGACGUGGCAAUCGUUUCCGAUCUCCUGCCCUGGAUGGGGAAUGUCCUGUUCUCGCUUCUCAAGUCUGCAAUGACCCGAAUAGCGGCGACGAGAGCGGAGAUUGUAUAAGGCUGGGUCACGACCAGCCUCAAGUAUGUCAGCACUCUGAUCGCAUUGGAGGUGGUACGAGAGGGCCUCAUAACCGGCAGCUUUGAACGGCCACUCCCCGUUCGGCAGUUAUCGCCAAGAUUGACGAUGUGGAGGAUUUGCCAAAAGCUCAGAGGCCGGCACUAAGGGCACCUUUGACUGCCCUUUCCAACCGCUCUCCUUUGGUGAAGCUGUGUUGAUGACUUGAGUGGGACCAUUUCACAAGGCUCAGAUUGUCCACCAGAUGGUCGUCAAAAGAGACAUCCUUCAUUCACAAAGUGCUUCGAACAAUACACGGUUAUAAGCGGGACUAGUGCGGUUGCGCAAACAAGGCGAGACAAAUCAGUGUUAUCAGACAUUGGACUACGCGUUGGACUCUUGGGUCCAUGGUUCCCUUUUUCGGAAUUCAACAAGUCAACAGGUUCACAAGGGCUCUGGUUGACGCUCAGACCAUAUCAGGGCUGCCGUUUCUCGAGGUAUGCAUUUCCAAAUCCACACCCAUAACCUCUUCAACGCAGAUGGCACUCGCCCUUCCACGAAUCCGAACUCACCACUCAACGGUUUCAUAUCGUCCUCUCUUCUGGUGCCACGUCUACGAUCUAUUAGCCCAUUUCAUCCCCCUGAUGUUUGCGGCUCUGCGAUUUCAGCGACCCUCUCAGAGAUAGGCAACUGUAUGCAGGACAACUUGCACAACAUAAUAUUCGAGAAUCGAAAGACUGCCGGGUCUAUUUUCAUUCGCUCUUUAGUGCGGAGCGACAAUCCAAGCCGGGGCAGGAAUGCUUCCCCUGCAACUAGCACAUACCGUUGUGUGGUGCGGGCAGAACCAAGAUUCUGGACACCCUCCACAUACCCACUGAGACGUUACGUACAUGCAGAGAUGAGGAGAAGAGAAGCGUGGCCAGGGAACGGGGGAACGCAAACUCCCUGAGUGGUGUAUGGAGAUUGCGGCUCUGCGAGAGGCUCUGUCAGAGCAUCGUUCGAACCACCGUGAUCCUUAGGGUGGUCUAGAGAUGCCGUCCGGAGCAUAGUAUGACUGCCGAUAACCGGACAACAGUGAUGCAUCGGUACACCUACAAGCAGUUGGUAUGGCAAUAGAAAUGAACUGCUUUCAUGAUUAAGCUCGGGAACCCCGCUUGGAGAGGAUGUGUACGUACUUGAGGCUCAAAAGGGAGCAUCUCUAGAAGUAUAAAUAUCAGUACGCUUGCAUGAGGAAGUGAAUAAUGA